GCGGUGAAGUCAGAGCGCACUCCUCAGCACACACACUCACAUCCACAGCCUACACACAGGCAGGCGGACUCAUUCUAUAUCAUCCUCCAUGGUGAAAAGGACAUGGAGAUAAACUAGGCGCACUAAUUUACCUUAUGGACUGAAAGCAGUGACUGUCGCUUUGGAUUUGUGAACGCAAACACGCAGGGGAGAACAUGUGGAGAUACACCAACUUGUUCGCCUGUCUGCUGGUUUUGUGUAAGGAUGCGUCUGCACAGAGCAAGAUCUUUGGGGAGACGGAGCCGGUCCGGAUGACGUCAGAGGGCUCAGACUGUCGCUGCAAGUGCAUCAUGCGCCCUCUGAGCAGGGAUGCCUGCCAGCGGCUGCGGAGCGGCAGUGUGCGUGUGGAGGACUACUACACCGUGGAGACAGUCAGCUCCGGAUCCGACUGUAAGUGCUCGUGCACGGCCCCCUCGUCCUCCCUCAACCCCUGUGAGAACGAGUGGAAGAUGGAGAAGCUGAAGAAACAGGCCCCCGAGUUACUGAAGCUCCAAUCCAUGGUGGACCUCCUGGAGGGAACACUUUACAGCAUGGAUCUAAUGAAGAUUCACUCCUACAUCAACAAGGUGGUGUCUCAAAUGAACACCCUAGAAGAGACAAUCAAGACAAACCUUACACGAGACAAUGAAUUUGUUCGAGACAGCAUGAUGAGCCUCACCAACCACUUUAAGAGAUACGAGAACUACUCCAACGUUAUGAUGAGCAUCAAGAAGGACAUCUCCAGCCUCAGCCUGCAGCUGCUGCAGAAGGACUCCUCAGAGACCAAAGCACAGGAUACUAAUGAAGAGAGAACCAAGGAGGCUGUAAAAAUUCCUAACAAAAAGAACCCUGCGGCCAAACUUUCAGCCAAACCACCCAAAGCAAAGGUCGUAAAACCCAAGAAAGAGGUCAUUAAACCUGGGAAGCCGGCCAAGCCUGACCCUACAGCAAAAGCCAAGGUGGUUGGCCACCAGCCCGGCGUGGUGAGGGGCAUCACAUACUACAAGGCCGCCAAGAGUGACGACGAUGAGCACAGAGGAGACCAUUCUGCAAAAACAUACACAGCCCAUCACGUCACAGAGAACCAGUCAGAGGAUGGAGGAGCUGAAAUGGUCCUGGAAACCCUGGAGGCCACUGCGGCCGGACCCACUGCCUCCACUGCUGCUCCCCCCACUACCACUGCAAGUACCACCACCACAACUACUGGCACCACCACAGCCACUGCUGUCACCACACCUGGCACUCCAGCAUCUGAAGCACCCGCUCCGACUAUUGUGCUGGUGCUGGACAACUCCAACAACAACAGCCGGCCCAAUCUCCACAGAGCAGGGAAGAUCCUAAGCUGUGAAGGGACUCUGGCAUCCAUUGACCAGCCAGAGAAGCAGCACAGUUAUGGGCGUAAUGAGGGAGCCUGGAUGAAGGACCCUCUGGCUAAAGACUCCAAGAUCUAUGUCACUAACUAUUACUAUGGCAACAACUUGGUUGAGUUCCGCAAUGUGGACAACUUCAAACAAGGCCGAUGGAGUAACCUCUUCAAACUGCCUUACAACUGGAUAGGCACAGGCCAUGUGGUUUACAAUGGAGCCUUCUACUACAACAGAGCCUUCACCAAGAACAUCAUCAAGUAUGACCUGAGGAUGCGAUAUGUGGCGGCCUGGACCCUGCUGCACGACGUGGUUUACGAGGACACCACCCCCUGGAAGUGGAGGGGUCAUUCGGACAUUGACUUUGCAGUGGACGAGAGCGGCCUGUGGGUGAUCUACCCCUCUGUUGACUAUGACUACAACCAACAAGAGGUGAUAGUCAUCAGUAAACUGGAUCCAGGAGACCUGUCACUGAAAAAGGAAACAACCUGGAGGACAGGUCUCAAGCGGAACUCCUACGGAAACUGUUUCAUUAUCUGUGGUGUCUUGUACGCCGUCAACGUGUACAACCAAAAGGAAGGAGAGGUGAACUAUGCUUAUGACACCCACACAAACACUGAGGCCAUCCCACGCCUGCACUUCACCAAUGAGUACUCCUACACCACCCAGAUUGACUACAACCCCAAGGAGAAGGUUUUGUAUGCUUGGGACAAUGGCCAUCAGCUGACAUAUCGGGUCAACUUUGUUGACCCGUGAGCUACUCUGUGCUACAGAUCACUGCAGACUGCCAGUAUUGCACCUACUAAGAAAGAUGCUCAGUAUUUAACAGCCUUGAAGCGGCCCCAUUGGACUCAGGACUAAGGAUGCACGCUAUUCAAACACCUGACCUCAAAGUGUACCAAACAUACAUGCCUUAUAUGUGUAUUGGGAUGUGGACAUUCAUUAUGUCAAUAGAAUGGACAAUGAUCAGUGAAAAUAAUCUCACAGGUUGAGUUAAAGCUCAUAGGGAAGAUCUUUGACUAUCAUAGAUCUUUUUGUGUAUGUUCAUUUAUGAAAUGUCAGCAGGCUGGCUUACUAGCACACUUACUAACAGAUAGCUAUACACAGUUACAGUAUUUUGUUUUCAAUGUCUUACAGCAGAGUUACAACACAAACCCUAUAGAGUGUAGGAAUGAGCAUAGUGACCAAAUUGGGCAUAAAAUGCUCUGAUCUUUCAGGAAGCAUCCAAGUAGCAACAAGACCUUCCAAGGAUAAUUAAUCUCCCCUGAAAUAAAAACAUAAAUGGACUUUAUAUCUUAGUUAAGUCAAUGGUAGGAAACCUUAACAUCUACAGCAGGGCUGGUAUUCAGUUGCAACCAUCUUGGCAGUGCUCACCUCAAAUGUGGAGAAAGUUAUAUUCCUUAGAAUCUGUAUUUCACCCCUUUUUAUUUAUCGGUCUGAAAGUGGCUAAGGGCUAUUCUCGUGACCAUAAUUGUAACCAUGGUAGUCAGAGGAACCGUCAAUAAGAUAGACAGCUAAUACUGUACCUUGCAAGCUACACAGUUCUGCGAGUUGUCACUAUGCCACCAAGCCUCGGGCAAUGCUGAUUCCAUGAAGACCUGUGCAUGAAUACGAUUGGACGUUCCUAGUCAGCUGGAAGCCAAUGAGGAAUAGUGCGGUGAUGGUGCAGCAGUAAUGAAAAAAGCUAAUGUGGAUCAUGUAAUGAAAGUGUGCUUUCGGUGCCCUACGUGACAUCAGAUACCCCGUUGUCUUCUACCUUUCAAAUGGGCUUAAAAUAUUUCUACACAUAAAGUGUUAUUUUUCUCAAUUCCCAACAUUUAACUCAACCAAUGAGAUUAUUUCUGCCUUUAUAGUAGUUUUUCUUCUGAGAAUUGUUUGUAAAACUAUUGUUCCAUUUGCCAUCUACUCCAUCCUAUCAAGAAGCACUUUUAUCAUGAACCACUUCUGAUUAUUAUUCCGGCCUCAUGAUGCUGCCUGUGUCUUUAACAUUGAAGUUGCUUUUAGGGUUGUUUUGACACAUGUUUCUAAGCUUAAGACUGCUUUUUUUCUAAUUUCCAUUCAUCUUGUUGAAUUGAUAUGGUCUUUCAGCAGCUUUCAUCAUUGUUAAUAGUUCUGCAUAACCAUUACAUUUGUUGUUAGUAUUGAUUGUGUUACAAUUUGAUCUCAAUGCACAGUACCAUUAGCGGCCCUAUCUUCAAUAAUAGUCACCACAAACCUUACAUGUUUUCAUUUUUGACUUGAGUUUACUCUGACAGUACACAUAGUGUGGCUUUAUUUAGCUUGUUCUUGAAUUAUAAGGAGUGUUUUGUUAAGUUUAUCCAUAAAAAGGCAUGCUUAUUUCAAACAAAUAACUUGUAUAUUUGCAAAGUCUUUAUACUGUACAUCAAUAAUAAUGUAAUGAAAUGUAACAAUAUUUGAAACCAGC